UCAUGUUGCGCGUGAGGUACCGCCCCGACAACAACGGAUGAGUCGACUGAUCCAUAUUAAUAUCUGAUCUAUCAGUACUAACGCCAGGUAUGGAGUUAAAUGAGGAGAUAGAGAGCAGCGAACAGCAGGAGAAACGCGCUCGCAGUGCCGCCCAGAGACGCGCGGAGAUCCGCAGGAGGAAACUGCUGCUGAAUUCAGAGGAUCGAAUGAAGAGGAUCGUGGGCUUCAGCGACACUGACGCGUCUGCUGCCGGUCCCAUGGAGCCACGUUUAUAUCUGGAUUUGGACAGGAACGAGCCCUGGUCCUCCCCAAAGAGCAUCUCACCACACGUGUCCGAGGCCGCUGGGAGCAACACUGAUCCGUCCGAGAGAGUCGACAGCGACGAGGCUGCAGUUGAGGAUGAAGCGUCUCGUGGAGUGCGUCAGAGACCUCGCGUGGAGCUGUCAGGAGAAGAACACUCUCGCUCUCCUCGCAGGGGUUUGAACAAGUACCUGUGUCGCUUUGAUGAUGCAAUGAAGCUAAGAGGACAGCUGGCCAAUGAGAAAGCGGCUCAGGAGGAUGGUAGCGCAGACGUAGAGGAGUUGGACUCGUUCCGUUUCUUCAGACUGGCUGGCAGCAUUGCUCUUGCUGUCUUCGUGCGAAUCUUUGUUUGCCAGUAUUUGUCCAUAUUUGCACCAUUCCUCACCCUUGAGCUGGGCUACAUGGGAUUGCAUAAAUAUUUUCCGAAGGUGGACAAAAAGACCAAGACGACAAUGUUGACCGCUGCUCUCCUGCUGUCCGGGAUUCCUGCUGAAGUGAUCAAUCGGUCAAUGGACACCUACAGGAAAAUGAGUGACGUCUUCUCAGACCUCUGUGUUUAUGUCUUCACCUUCAUCAUGUGUCAUGAGCUGCUUCUGCUGUUUGGCUCUGAAAUGGCGUGAUGGAAGUCUUGUGUCUGUCAACGGCUUGUUUAACACUAAACAUCAGAAAUCCUGCUUCAGAAGACUACUGUGAAAUAUUGAUUCGGUUUACAGAGAGCUGAGUGGUGAUUUACUUUUGCAUAUGUCCAUAAAGCCUGUGAACAAGAUCAUUUCUUAAAGCAUUUUCUAGAUUUGACUUGCAACAUAGUGUUCCGUACGGGGGUGGGUUUGACCUCUGAAACUAAUGAAGUUUGUGAACAGCGGGGUGCGUUCUGUACUCGUUUAUUUUGGGUUUGUCUCACAAAGACUAUAAAGUCCAUGUCCAUGCUUCUCAACAAAGUCUAACGGAAAUGAUAUUUUCCGGUAAGAAAAUAAACCUUUUUACAACACACGUAAACAUUAUCGCGUUGUAUUGCUGUAAUUAGAACCAACAUUGCUCGGUGUGCAUUUUUGAAUGUGGGCCUAUUUACAAAAUGUAGUUUAUUUUCCUGUAAUUCCAAUUUUGUUUCGUUUUGCUCCGUCAGAUUUAAUGAGAUUCCAUCUUUUGCCCUUAGCCCAACAUUAACAACAAAACAAGCCCUACGCUAAUCUGUUAAGAUUUAUGAUCUUACUGUGAUUUUAAAUUCCUUGAUUUAAAUGCUUUAAAGUGAUUGCAAUUGUUUAGACUUUCAAACAUACUGCAUACCAUAACAUUUUUUGCCUUUGGUAUCAGUCACAUGGACACCUAUUUUGUUUCUUGCUGGUCAUGUAUGCAUGUGUAUGUGUAUGUAUGCAUGUGUCAUUAAAAUGACUGAGCUUCCAGAGCUCAACAAACAUUGUUCAAACCUUUCUGUUUUUAAAAUCACAAUUCGGUCAUUGUUUCAUUAAUGAUAAGCAUCAUUAAUGUUUACAUAAUCCUGUGAACCAUCCUCUGACAUGUAACUGUGUUGUUUUUUGCCCUGACAUGCUUAUUUAUGAAACUCUUGCUUCUUGUCACUGUAAUAAUACCUUUUAUUAUUGGAUGGAGACUCCUGCUAAAUCCUCAAAAAUAAAAAUGUCAUUCUGAA